AUGGAUUUAUUUUCACCCCAGUCCCCAUCACCUCUGAAUAAUUUUCAGCAGCUCCAUCCUGCUCCUCCAAGCAGCAACUUCACUAUGUCUUCAACAGCUCAAAUGCCUCCACAACACAGAAUCCUAUUCGAGCAACAGAUUUCACAUCCAGUGUCAGACGACCAUCAUAGCUCGCAUACAAUAAGUCCAGAUUCCUCUUUUCAUCAUGAGCGUGAGCAUAGCAUGGGGUCUUGGGAACGGCAGCCAAUUCCGGUCCGCUCGUCAGGGACUCGUGUGGCCAAUGCGCCAAGCACCGACUAUAUGCACGCAUAUACUCAGGAGGUACAGAAUAACAUCCGUCUCAAGGCUGAGAACGAGACAUUACGUUUUGCCCUUGUCCAGCUGUGCAGUGCCGUCCCAGAACUCUUGCAAGUCACAAACCCAUUGCCUCUGAAUCUGAAUCUUCCGCUACCAACUUCGGCAACAAUUUCUUCUCCUUCCGACCCAUCAUUUACACCUACUCUGCAGUCUGCACCCCUUAGUCGGCUCCGCCUUAUCGCAUGUCCAGACCUAGCCACGCUCAAUCAGAAAGAUUAUCCCCAUGUGAACUACUGGAAGAAAGAGCAGUGGACGGCCAAGCUAAAACACGACACAUCUAUCACAGAUCCAAAUCAGUCCCCUCGCAAAAAGGGAGCAUUAAAGGCACGUGAGGGCAUCAAUGUACGGAUGUUGUAUGUUGAAGAAGAAAACGGUAAUAUGAUCGAUGGUUUCCGAGCAAAGGCGAUUCGUGAAUUCGCCAAGCGAAUAUUUCAGGAGCUGUUGGCUCACAAUCUUGCACCGGCAACAUGGGGCCAGGCGACCAUGACGGCAUUGAAGUACUUCCUAAGCGAGAUGGCUUACCAGUUUACAGAGCUCCGGUUGUGCGCCAAUGGCUGGAAGGCAUCUCAGAUUGCUAUCGACAACUAUCCCUCUUGGCAGCAGGGAAGGAGGAAGCGGACUGGCAGCUGUGUCAAGAAAGAAGAGGAUGUAGUAUCUGGCGAUGAGGCCCCAGCUAAUGACGCAUCUACACCGCCACCACUGAAGGAUACGGACCGCAAGCGCAGUGCUGAAGAAAGUCAUCUACCUGUUGUCGCAAACAAGAAGCGCAAGGUCCAACAAACAGCGGCGUAUCCUGAGUCUGCACGCAUCAUAAUCCUGGACCCUUUGAACGAUGUUGUUCCUAACACCGAACAGCAAGAUGGCUGUACGUUAAUAGCUAGCUCAUCUGCAGCCCCGCCAAUAGUGCCCUCGGCGGUACACCAUCCCGCUACUCCAAAAAGUACUCUACCUGAAUCAAGUGGUCCAACAAUGGACAAAGGCGACAUGCUUGUACCGCCUGUGCCGUCUACUAACGACAUAGACGAGACAUCAGGAGCAUCUCAAAUGCUAGGUAAUAUCCCCUCGCAAGGAGCAUUGGCAUUAGUCAAUGGCUCUACAACCUCGACAGACCAGAUCAGCUCAAAAUCACAAAAUAAGCGAAAUGGAAGGUUUGUCGCUGGAAAGGCAAUCACUCCAAGGAACAUAUGUGGUCGUGAUUGGGCAGCAGAUAAUCCUGACGGAACGACAAAAAUGUUCAGUGAUUAUUGGGACGGUCUCUCUAAGGCUGCUAAAGCAGAAUACAAGAAACGUGUAGAAACAAUAAAAUCCAAGAGCAAAAUGACAGCACAUUCAUCAUCAUCGGCGGCGGCGGAGACAGCGGCGGCAGAGGAUUAG